AUGGAAGACUUUCAUCAUGCGAUUCAGGAUAGGUUUAACGAGUCAUCAGCUUGCCGGGGUCCGACUACGCUUUCUGAACAUGCCAAGAGGCUUGCGCGUGAGAAUCAUGCUGAGGGGAACAAUUACCUUGAUGCGUACCGUCAGAAGAUCACAGACCCUGAGGCAUUCAUCCUCAACCGUGUUGACAAUGAGCAGCAUGCUCGCGAACUCCUCAUCCACGUCGCCAGUUUAACCUCCGUCCUUUGCUGUACACCGGUUACCUUUGGUCAGAUCAAAAACCACACUGGGCUUGAGUACAACUUUAUUGUCCUCGAUGAAGCCGCUAGAAUGCCAGAAUCAUUGUUUCUCGUGCCUAUGGCGAAAUGUCCCGAGGCAUUGGUCCGCAAGGACUGGCAGUCAUUUUUUGGUCCUCAGCGUAAGCUUGUUUGA